UAAGACUAUUUAAAUUUUACUUAGCUAGAAACUGCAAUUUUAAGUGCUUUAAAACAACUAUGGAAAAAUGAAAUAAAAUGUUUGAUGUUUAUUCGUAAAAUUAUGUAGGUUUAUGUAGGAUGUCGUGUUAAUGUGUACAGUCAGGUGUUUGUUGGUGGUGUAUCCUGUAUGUUUGUGAAUUUAUGUGGAAGUUAAGAUAGCAGUAUGCACGAAUUACUGAAACACGUGCUAACAGAGCGGGAUUUGACCCGAGCUGGUGAUAUUUUCGCUAUCCCGGAUGCCGAUAUUGUAGACGACUUGAAUGAAGUGUUAAAACAAAUCACAGACAUAUCGUCCAGACCAGAUUAUAUCAGAAAUGAUCGUGACCAAGCUCUUAUUGAGAUAUGUGUGACAAGAGUGACAUCAUGUAUAAAGGAGACGGGUACUCUAGAAAAGUAUUGCGGGGCUCUAGUUGCUUUGCUGGAGUCAUGUCUCCACCACAACUUAAUGCCUGUUGGCCAUUUACGUGAUGAUGACCCACCACAUGCCAAGAUUGCGUCUGACGUCAUUGCUUGUAUAGUUCUGGUUUCAUUUCCUCUUCAGUCUGACAAGGAAACCAGCGGCAACGCGGAAGUAAUGGAACUCUUCCUGCCUGUCGCGGUCCAGUUCCUGCACAAAGGAAAUAGAGAAAUAUCGCGACAUAUGGCCCGUUAUCUCUCUUUAGCUGCAGUACAUCAUGCAGGACUCUUAAAACCCCAUGUUCAGACAAUCAUGGAUUCUAUUAUGUCGGGUAAUUACCCACUAUGUCGAAUCCUCACGAACUUGUACGAAGUAUGUCCAGAGCCACUUGAAGGUCACGUCACGGCACUGGUAUCUCUCUUGCCACAUGCCGAGCCCGUAGAGAAGAGUUCACUAUUUGCGCUCUUUGAACAGAUAGCGGCAAGAAGACCCGAAGCCCUGAAGACCGCGAUUCCACAGCUAUUGUCAUAUUUAUGCCCAAAUACUGCAAGUCAAAACGAUCCUGGGUGCAUGUGUAUAGAUCUAUUGCAGGUAAUAGCUAGUGUGAGUCGCAGUCGUGCGUCGUUGGUGGCGGAGCACACCGCAGCAGUGAGACGAGCGUCCCGCGCGCCGCACGCCUCCCCCCGCGCUACCGCACUCGUCGCCACCAUCCUCGCCACCCUCGGGUACACCAGCAGGGAACGAGCUCAAGAAGCUUUAAACUUCGUGGUAGAGCGGCUGUCUGGCGCCGAAUGGCCGGAACAGGCCGCUCUAUUACGAGAAGCAACAGCUCUGUGCAGCGCCUACCCUGCGCUCUUCACUGAUCGUCUCCUGGCUGCGCUUCGCGCCAACAACAGCAAUCGACCUAAGUCAAGCCACGGUGAAGUGAACAGAACGCCAGGCGGCGUGACGAUAGUCAAGCUAGGAGGGCCCACGUCGCCGGCGCCCCCCGCUGCGAGCCCCGCGGUCGCGGCGCCGGCGGCCGGCUACACGCGCAGGGCCAAGCUCGGUGACUCGCGCAGCACUGGGCGGCUACACCCGGGGCCCAACUCACACCGAAGUAUGACUCGAUUGAAUAUUGCCGGCGGAUCAGUGGGAGGUCUCCAUAAGAGUAUGACGCGCCUGUCGUCAUCCCAACAGAUCAACGCCCAGCAGGCCGCGAAUCCUCCGCCGAGUGUGGGCAAGGCGGGCUCGAAGGGCGCGGUCACGGUGGGAGCGCGACCCGCCAGGCAUCUACACAACAUACAUAUCGGACCCGCACCGGCCACGAAUACCGGGCCCACGAUAAUUUCGGGACCUUCCUCUCUCCAAACGCAAUCGAUAUCUGUGAAUCCAUUGACUUCCGGAAAAUCUUCCGACGUCCUCGCUCCGACCUCAUCCGUCUCCAUUCAGCACUCUAAUACGGCGCUAGGACAGGUGUCAGUGAUCACCACCUCGCCAAGCAUCGGUCCCCUCCCCACUCAGCCUGGCUCGGUCGCGGGCGGGCCGAAUCCCGUCCCCGUCGGUCCCGUCACGGUCACCUCGCGACGGGCGAACAACACGAGCGUGACGAUGAUCAACUCGAGCAACUCCAACUCGACCUCCAACUCCAACCACAGAAUUAGCGUGUUCGAGCCGUACCCGAUGCGGGACACCGUGCAGCACUUCUGCGAGAAGCACCUGGACAAGAUCAAGGCGUACAUGGACAACGUGUCGGUGCGCAUCCCGCCGCCCGCCAAGUGCACCAUCGAAGAGCGGCGCUCCAAGAAGCAGGCGCGCCUGUCGUUCGCGUGCGGGCGUCGCGGGCCGCACUGCCUGUACGCGCGCGCCGCCUUCUCCAUGCGCACGCGCCUGCCGCGCGUGUGGAUCCACCUCAUGUUCCUGGCGCUGCAGGCGCGCCACGCCGCCGCGCUGUCGUCGCGCGACCCCACCGUGGCCAGCCUCAAGCACUGCUGGGACAUCCUCAAGUGCGAGAACAAGACCUUCCUCACGCUCGUCACGGGCGCCUUCCCCGGUCUCAAGGAGCAGGAGAUGCUGGUCAACGAGCUCCGGGCGGCGGGCUUCUUCGACGUCUUCGAGGUGAACGCGACGCGCACGGACGUGCCGCCGACGCAGGCGCCCUGGGGCUGCUUCCUGUGCAACCAUCCUGAGCGCGCAGUGGGCUUUCUGGCGGCCGACGGCCAGCCCGUCAUCGAGGGCCAGCUCAAGGAGAAGAAGGGGCGCUGGCGGCUGUUCAGGCGCUGGCGCACGAGGUACUUCACGCUGUCCGGCGCGCAUCUCUCGUGCAAGGGAGCCAGCGGCGGCGAGAGUAUAGACAUAAAUCAGAUUCGUUCGGUUAAAGUGUCACGAGGUGCUCGCAAUAUUCCCAAAGCUUUUGAGAUUUUUACGGGCGAUCAAACCCUCAUCUUGAAGCCAAAAGACGGGAAAAAUGCAGAGGAAUGGGCUCAAUGCUUAAGCAUAGCAGUUGCACACUCGCAGGCGAGAGACGCACCGGCGAAGGCCAACAGCCUGCCAGCACGAGGUCUCACGUUGAAGAGUUUCUGACAACUGCUGCUACCCUAAAUUAUUAGGUCUUUGGAGCACUCAAAAUCUACAGACCUUUUAACUCACUCCACUAUCGAUUGUCUUCACACAGGUAAACUAAUAACUGACUAACUCAUUUACAAUAGUUUUAAUAAAUAUCAUUGUUCGUUUUCGUAAGAUGUUUCCUGUUCGAACGUUUUUACCAUAUUUUAAUUUAAUUAAAUAUUUAGGUGUAUACAUUUUUUGAAAUUUUGUUAUAUGUUCGAUCAAGCCAUAUAUAACUGGUUGAACAGGAAUUUUGUAAAUGUAAUUUUUAUACAGACCCAUGUUGUCGCUAUAUUUUCAAAAAGUUAUAUAUAUUUAAUUUUACUAAAAUAUAAUGUACUCUAAGAAAACGUACUUAAUAAUUUUGGCGCUGACUGACACUAAAGACUUUUUAUGCAUUUCAUAUAAGCUAAUAUUUGUUUAUAAGUAAGUUAGUGCAAGAGAAAUUAGUAAAAAAAUGUUGCAAGUUAUAUUAAAGCUUCAAAUCCUUCGUUCGUAGUUGUUGGUCCUUUGCCUAUUUGCUGUACUUAUUAAAUUUAUUGCCAGUAUGUGCCUUGAAUACUUUGUGAUAUAUAUUUAUAUCCCGUUAAGUUGUUGCUUAAAUUAUAAAUAUUUUCUGCUACCUAAGUAUUUUUGAAUAAAUAAAGCGUUUUAUAAAGCAGCAACACAAAAGUGACAGAUAUUAUAAGCUUCCAAGACAUUCAUAAGUUUUUUUUAAAAUGAUACAAGUAAUUUUAAAUAAUUUAAAAGACAAAAUAAAAAGCGAUGGUACCAUUUUGUAAUAUAUAAGAUAUAAUGAUAGGACAGAGAAGUACAAGAAGUUUUUUAAUGUUUUUAGAUUAUGUUUUUUUUAUAUUGUUGGGAAGUCAAUUUUUAUUGUCAAUUAAAGUCAAUUGAAAGUGUUGUUAAUUGUGUAAUGAUUUUUUUUAUCUGUAUAUAAGUGGAUUAUAAACGAUUAUAUUGACAAUUGAGAUGUUAGAAGGUCGAAGACUGAGUGCUGGUCAUAGUUGUACUUAAUGAAGUAAUUACAAUAUUGAUUUAAAUAUAUACAUUAUUAUGAAUACCAUAAAGUUUAAAAUAAAUAAUGUUUUUAUAGUUCAAUUCAAUAGAAUUAGUAGAAAGAAAAUAUAUCCAA